AUGGAGUCCAUGGUCUCACCUCAGUUCAGUGCGGUUGAGCGAAAGUUAAUCAGAGCUGUUAUGGAAGAAAAUGUUGAAGAACUUGAGCAGAUAUGUGUUUCCCUUCCUACGGACUUUAAUAUUAAUGAUGUUUUUGAGAAAUCUUAUACACUUUAUGGAAGCUUAGAAGAGACACCUUUACUUUAUCUGGCUUGUUGUGCUAAAAACUCUGACAUUUUGAAAAUUUUGGUAAAAUAUGGCGGGGACUUGUACAUCAACAAACUGGACGGGACGAAUAUAUUUCAUUACGCUUGUGGAAACAAAAAUCUAGAUGUUAUGAAGUUUAUUCUAGAGGAAUGCAGUGAUGUCGAUUUCCUUCAUACUUUUUCGAACAAUGGAAAUGAUAUGCUCUCUUUUGUGGCAGAUUCAUUUGAAGAAAAUCAAAAGGAAGCGCAAGUUUUAAUCGAAUGUCUCGCAUCAAAAGGAAAAUUCAAUAUCAAUCGAAUUCAAGGGGAUGGGUUUACUGUAUUACUGAAAGCUGUUUCCCUAAAUAGGUGCGAGUUAGCAGACAUUCUUUGUCAACUUGGAGGAGAUGUGAACUUUGGAUAUCUAAACUCUCUCAAAGCAAUUCAGUGGGUAAGCAUGCAAUGUGGAUAUCAUAAUAUGAUACAAAUACUUAUAAACCACGGAGCAAAUAAAAACGAAAUCUGGCGUGGGCAACGCCCAAUUCACCUUGCUCUUUCACGUGGUUUAACAGAAAAUGCAACUGUUUUGAUGCGUGCAGGUGUGGACAUUUCCGGUUCGAUUAAAUUACAUUAUCCAAAAAAAAUGUGGAUUUCUACAUUUUGUCUCGCUGCUUGGCGAUGCCCUACACUAAUUCCCGAGUUUCUAGCUUUGGGAGCUAGUCCAAACGAAAUGGACCGCAGCACUGGAUAUUCUGUGAUUGAAUUUGCCUUAGAAGGUAAUGCCAGUCGAGAUGUGAUAAAGUCGCUCCUUCAGGCUGGUGCUGAUAUUAACAGAGGAUGUCCCGGAAAGACAGCUAUUGAAUUUUGUAAAAGCAUAGAUCAAUUACUUGCAUUUAUUGACUGGGGGGUGUCAGUGAAAACGAUCGAAAGUCAGAUAGGAACUUCGCUUCUCAGCAUGGCAAUCUCAAACUCUUCUGAAGACACUGCGGAAGAACAUGUGAAAUACCUUCUAUCUAAAGGUGCAAAUUUAAAGGAUCCUGCAAAUGGAAAAGAUUCCAUUUUGAUAUCCUCUCUGAAAAGAAGAUUUUACCGCAUUGCAGACUUUCUUAUAGGACAAGGUGUUAAUCUGAACCACAGGGACGGAGAAUGGAGCACAGCACUACAUGUUAUCUGCAAACAAGUCGAUGGCUGCUCCCCAAGAAGAAUUACCUUUGGCAAGACAGCAUUAUUUUUCUGUCAGAAUUUUGAAUGUAGAAGAACAAUGCCAGCUGCUCAGUUCCAUUCUACGCAGUCAUCAUCCAGUGCACCUUGUAACGGUUCAG